AUGUAUAAUAGUGUUCUCAAACAGCGUUGUCUUUGCAAUAACGAUGUCAUAUUUUUAAUAGGUUCAACUGCAUUAAUAAGCUACAAUCCCUCAAUUUCAACACCGACACAACUGUAUACCCGACGCAUGGGCUUCAAUGCAAAAAAUAAGCAUGCCAUUGAUUCGGUAUACAUCUGCCAGAUAUGCGAUCUGAUUUUACGAGACCCUGUUCAACUUAACUGCGGAGAUCGCCUCUGCAAAUCAUGCGUUGAAGCGAAAGAAGGCGAAAAAAUUCAAUGUCCAGCAUGUGGCGAGCAAUCAGACAAAAAAGAUGUACUUCUCGAUAGAGGUUACAAAAAUGAUAUGCAGACAUUGCCUAUCGAAUGCACUCAUUGCAAUUGGCACGGAUCGCUAAAACAGUAUCAGGCAUAUGCAAAACGUUAUUUACAUAAAGGUGAUCACAUAGUACAACCUCAUCUAAAUGUGAAAUGUGAAUAUUGCGGCAAGACAUGUGAUUCAAUAAGUAAUCUUGAUGUACAUAAAGUAAAUGAAUGUACUAAAGUUACUGAAAUGUGUAGUCUCAAAAACUACGGAUGUUCAAUCCCUAUCAUUAAAGGCCAAAAAUAUGAACAUUAUAUGACUGAACAACAUCAAAUAGCGAUAAACUAUUAUAUAUGCCGUAAUGUAUCGAAAUCUCGUGUUGAUCAGUUUGACAGAGUCUACGGAAUGGAUACUGAUACGCCUUCUCAUACAACCGCCUCGUCAUCUGACGAUAGAAAUGUUCACUUACAAGAAUUAUCUGAAACAACUGAUAUUCUGGCUGGUGGAGGUUCAGCAUUGAAUGAGGACUGUCAAAGACUUACUAAUGAAUCGGUUUCUAUAAAAACUGCGUUGGAUACAUUGAGUCGUGAUUUCGCAGCAUUGAAAUUAAGUAUUGAAGAGCAGAAUAAAUAUUUGGAUAACCUUAAACCAUGUUCGGAUCUUCUCGAUCACCAGGUUUCAAUGCUGAAAAAAACUCUUGAAGAUUUACGAUUUGUUUCCUUUGAUGGAACAUUUUUAUGGAAAAUAACGAAUUUCAGUAGUAAAAUGGCCGAUGCACAGGCUGAACGACAAACAUCAAUUUAUUCACCACCUUUCUAUUCAUCUCCUACUGGCUAUAAAAUGCGAGUAAGAUUGUACCCAAACGGGGAUGGAAGUGCUCGUCACACACACGUCUCCCUCUUUUUCGUUCUUAUGCGAGGCGAAUAUGAUCCGAUUUUGAAAUUUCCGUUCAGCUAUAAAGUUACGUUUUGCUUAUACGAUCAAACACCUGCACAACAACAUAUCAUCGAUUCGUUUCGACCUGAUAUCAAGUCAAAUAGUUUUCAACGACCACGAUCCGAGAUGAAUAUUGCAAGUGGCAUUCCAAAAUUUUGCCCUUUGUCAGUAAUUCAACCAGAAGCAAAUUGUUAUGUUCGCGAUGAUUCAAUAUUCAUUAAAAUUAUGGUGGAUUUUGGUGAUACGCCGAAAGCAAUGUUACCAUUUGCACUAGGUCUCAAUCCAGCUUUUUCAACUAAUGUCCAACAAAUAUUGAUUCAUCAAGAAAAAGAGAAGCGGGCUCAACAAACUUCCACAUCAUCAACAACUGAAACAAUCUUACCGCAUUGA